AACAACAGACAACAGCACCCGCCCCACCCACCGCCCACAUCCUGGCAGGAGAACACUUACUUGUUGCUACCAUACUCAACUGCUCUUGUCUUAUCUUAUCUUAUCUGCUCUUAUCAACACACUCCUUCAACCAUCAUGGACUAUGGAAUGGAUUAUCAAGGCGAUAACGCCUACGGCAGUGGCGGCGGCUUUACGUCCGGCGGCGGCGGUGGCGAUACCUUUGGUCAACAGAGCAGCCAAGGUGGCGGUGGUGGCGGCGGCGGAAGUGGAAAUCGUCGCAACUAUGAUGAACAACGAUUGAUCCCAGUGACUUGUAAAAUGAUCAAUUCUUGCGUGAUAUCAACGGAGGACGGUAGUUCGGUGACACUGGAAGACGGCCGCAAAUUCACACACAUCAAACUGGUCGGUGCCGUUCGAGGCUUUGAAAGCAACAGUACCCACAUGAUGUACCAAAUUGAAGAUGGGACGGGUUUGGUGGAGGUCAAGCAGUGGUUGGAUGAAUCUGGAUGCACGGCCCAACAGGAAAUGCUACAAUCUACACAGAAGGAAAUGCUCUAUGUCAAAGUCACUGCCAAACUAAAUGUCUUUGAACAAAAGAUCACUCCCGUGGCCGACAUGGUUCGCCCCUUAUCCACCGGCAACGAAUUAACACAUCAUUUUUUGGAGGUGGUUUAUUCGGGAGAAAUGGCCAAACAGCGUGACAGCAUUGUCCAGCCAGCAAGUCCAAUGAUGGGUGUCACUUCGGGUGGUGGUGGAGUUGGAUUUGGCAGCACUUCGAGUGGAAGUGGUCGUACUCCGUUGACGGCACAAGGGGGAAGCAAUGGCGGAGAUGAGCUCAAGAAUAACAUUAUGCAAUACAUUCAGGACCGAGGCCGCGAAUCCGAUAUUGGUGCCGACGUCAAAGCUUGUAUCCGUCAUUUUAGUCAGUACCAGGAAACCGAAGUGCGAGCGAUCAUUGAGAACUUCCAAUCCGAGGGAAUGGUGUACACAACUGUCGAUGAAGAUCACGUAAAGUCCGCCAUGUGAGCUGACAGACGAUGAACUGCCCUUGUCUGGUGUGGUGAAUAGGCUGGCUCUGUCCCAGAAUGCAUCGCUGGGGGCGGAAGGAGAGAAAUGGCAUUCUUGAGCAAUCCGGAACGAAACAAAAAGGGAUAUCGUACCCGUUCGAUCUACCCAAGAACUACAAUAGUGCAGUAUGUUGAUUCUUUAAAGUAUUUAUUGUGGGCAUUUUUAUCGUAAAAGUCCUUCAAAAC